AUGGGUUGGCUCAUCUGCUCCGGAAAAUCAAAAAAGAAAGCGAAGAAGAAGCAAAACAAGAAAUUUGAAGAUCAGAUCCCAUCAUCUUCAGAUAGAUUCAAGGUAAAUCCUUCCCUGGACGUAAAGAAGGAAGCUUCUAAGGAUGGAGGAUCUGGUCAUAUUGCAGCACACAUUUUUACAUUUCGUGAAUUGGCUGCAGCCACUAAAAAUUUCAGGGCAGACUGUCUUUUGGGUGAAGGAGGUUUUGGCAGAGUAUAUAAAGGGCGAUUGGAAAGCACCAAUCAGGUUGUGGCUAUUAAGCAGCUUGAUCGUAAUGGCUUGCAAGGGAACAGGGAAUUCCUUGUUGAAGUGCUGAUGUUAAGCCUGCUUCAUCAUCCAAACUUGGUGAACUUGAUUGGAUAUUGUGCUGAUGGAGAUCAGAGACUUCUGGUUUACGAAUACAUGCCAUUAGGAUCAUUGGAAGACCAUCUACUUGACCUUCCACCUGAUAAAAAACGACUUGACUGGAACACCAGAAUGAAGAUAGCUGCUGGUGCUGCAAAGGGCUUGGAGUAUUUGCAUGACAAAGCAAGCCCCCCAGUGAUUUAUCGUGACUUAAAAUGUGCAAACAUUUUACUUGAUGAAGGGUAUAAUCCCAAGCUGUCCGAUUUUGGUUUGGCUAAAUUGGGCCCUGUUGGUGAUAAUACCCAUGUAUCCACUAGGGUAAUGGGGACCUAUGGAUACUGCGCACCGGAAUAUGCAAUGACAGGUCAGCUUACUUUGAAGUCAGAUGUGUAUAGUUUUGGGGUUGUUCUUCUGGAAAUUAUUACUGGCAGAAAAGCUAUUGACAAUUCAAGAGCUGCAGCGGAGAGCAAUUUGGUUGGAUGGGCUCGACCCUUGUUCAAAGACCGUAGGAAGUUUUCACAGAUGGCUGACCCGAUGCUCCAGGGCCAAUAUCCAGUGAGAGGGUUGUACCAAGCUCUUGCUGUUGCGGCGAUGUGUGUUCAGGAGCAACCUAACAUGCGGCCUCUUGUAGCAGAUGUAGUUACAGCCCUAAGCUAUCUUGCUUCCCAGAAAUACGAUCCUGCAACCCAGCCAGUCCAAAGCAUCCGGUCAGGUGCUUCAACACCUAGAACCCGAAGGGAACAGUAAAAAUGACAGUCUGGGUAAGAAAGAUCGAUGCAGAUGAUUAUUCUAAGACCUUUUAAACUUGGAAGCCCAUGAUUAGAUUGCCAUCACUUUGCUAGCCGUGCUACAUCAAGAUGAUUUUAUCUAAAUAGGGAUGUGUGAAUCAUCUAGUGGCCAUGAAGAUUGCUUUAUGGUUGUUUGCUGCACAUGAAGUGGUGCCUGCUUAUCAAAUUUUACAUCACUCCAGAUAACAGGUUAAACACUCAUAUUACUGUUUAUGUCACUGGGAAGUAUUUUUAUAUAUAUAAAUCUGAAAAUUUCUUUGCUCUCACUGUUCACCUGACUCUUUUCUCCUUUCUUCUGAUAGUAUGUAAAAUUGAGGCUCUUACAUUUUUUUGGACAUCAAGUCUUGUACUUAUUGCCCCUUUAUAAAGAGAAAAAUUCUCAUUAUUUGAGUUAUUGCAGCUUUGAUUGUGUAGCUUCUCUUUAGACUUCUAUUAGAACCUGUUCUAGGUAUAGUGACG